AUGGAAAACAUAUCUCUGUCCAAUUUAUCAAGGUCAGAAUGGUUCAAUGGAUCAACAACUCAGAUAAUUCCCAACUUCUAUCUGGCUUUACCUAUUAUCUAUUCAGUAAUCUGCGCUGUUGGACUGACUGGGAAUACUGCUGUGAUCUAUGUCAUCCUUAAGGCACCAAAAAUGAAGUCAGUUACCAACAUGUUUAUUCUGAACUUGGCUAUAGCAGAUGAACUUUUCACGUUAGUGCUCCCAAUUAAUAUAGUUGAUUAUCUGCUCUUGCAAUGGCCCUUUGGGGAGUUUAUGUGUAAGCUGAUUGUUUCAAUUGAUCAAUACAACACAUUUUCCAGCAUAUAUUUUUUAACAGUUAUGAGCAUUGACAGAUAUCUUGUAGUUGUUGCAACUGUAGAAUCCAAGAAAUUGUCCUAUCGUACCUACAGGGCUGCUAAAUUUAUAAGUCUAUGUAUAUGGAUUUUCGUUACUAUUAUAAUAUUGCCUUUUAUCAUUUUUGCCAAAAUUCACAAGGAACAUGGUCGUUUACAGUGUCUUUUUGUAUUUCCAAACCCAGAGAGCAUGUGGUGGCAAAUGAGUCGGAUCUACACAUUGAUCAUGGGUUUUGCAAUACCUGUUUCCACUAUCUGUAUUCUAUACAGCAUGAUGCUCUACAAAUUGAGGAGAAUGCGUUUAAACACAAAUGGAAAAGCCUUAGAUAAAGCAAAGAAAAAAGUGACAUUUAUGGUUAUUGUAAUUCUAGCAGUGUGUCUCUUUUGUUGGACGCCCUACCAUCUCAGUACAGUGGUGGCCCUAACUGCAGAUAUCCCACAAACUCCACUAGUCCUUGGAAUUUCCUUAUUUAUCACCAGCCUGAGCUAUGCCAAUAGCUGUCUAAAUCCAUUCCUGUAUGCAUUUUUGGAUGACAAUUUUAGGAAAAGCUUCAAAAAACUAGUAGAGUGCAGAUCAACUCCUUAG